CCUAACAUGCACCGCACAGAGUAAGCUUUGAAACUCUGAUCGGAGCCCAAAUUCGCUCAACUCUCGAGCCACCGUUUUCCAAAUUAUUCACAAAACACAAAGAGCUUUCUCUACUCAAUUGCCCGCUACGCUUCGUUCGUGUGCCUACAGGGUUUACUUGGGGCUUCUGUAAUUGAAGGAAGCGUCUCCAUUGUGCAUGUGGAACUGUCAGAUUCUGGGUCUAAAUUUUAUUGUUGGGCAUUGUCCUCCCUCCUUGUUGGUAUCACCUUGAUGUAUACUUCUAAGGAAGGAAAUAAAGAAGAGUAAUUAGUGGCCAUUUGCAGAAACAAACUGGCUAGCAUGGAAUGUAAAAAGGAUGGUGCCUUAAGGGCAAAAGAACUUGCAGAGAAGAUGUUUUUACAGAAGGACUUUGGUGGGGCAAGAAUGCUUGCAAUGAAGGCUCUAGAAUUAUAUCCCAAUCUUGAUGACCUUCCUCGAUUUCUGGCAACUAUUGAGGUGUAUAUCUCAGCGGAUAAAAAGGUUAAUGGAGAAGUUGAUUGGUACAAGAUCCUUGGUGUGCAACCCUUGGCUGAUGAAGAAACAAUUCGAAGACGAUAUAGGAAACUGGCUCUUACUCUACAUCCUGAUAAAAAUAAAUCUGUAGGAGCAGAUGGGGCGUUUAACCUUAUCUCACAGGCUUGGAGUUUAUUAUCUGAUAAAGACAAGAGGAUCACAUAUGACCAAAAGUACAACUUAUGGCGUACAUAUCAUGGAAAUCCUGGUGGGAAACCAUCUGUGCCAGUUACUCAGAAUGUUUUAUACAGUAGUUUCUUCAGUCCUAUGUUGUUGAAACCCACAUUUUGGACCAUUUGCAAUUCCUGUAAGACAAAGUUUGAGUACCAUAAUGUUUAUAUUAACUCUGAUCUUGUCUGUACAUGUUGCCAUAAGCCAUUUGUGGCUUCUGAGACAUCACCUCCACCUGUAUACAGAAAUGGUUCAUCCUCUUCAAGAAUUUCUCAGAUGAAGCAACAUAACUUCAACUUAAGCAGAAUGGAAAGAAGUAAUGGAAAUCAUGUUCCCGGAAGGACAUCAAUGUCUGCUGUCAAUUCAGCACACGGGUCAGGUCCUUUCUCUAUGCCCAGUGGCAGUUUUCGCGUACCAACAUCAGUUUCUAGUGCUGCAGAAACUCUUGGUGCUUUUAGGAUGCCUUCUGAAAAUUUGAAGAGAAUGCAUGAAGAUUCAACUGUGUCUUUGGAGAAUGCCCAAAUUGGGAAAAUUCAUGCUGCUGAGAGAACUGGUGCUGGUUCAGUUUUUCAGUCCUCUGGUUUUGGUUCAUAUUCUAUUAUGAAAGGUGACAAGCCAAGGAAGAGAAGGUCCACUGAUGAACAUAAAGUAUGUAGAGAUGGAAGAGAUGUGGAAAGCAAAACAGUAUCUCAAACUGAAGGAACAAACUUGGCUAAUGAAUUUGGGUCAGGAAGGGCUAAUGCUGCUGGAAAUUACAAACGCAAUGGUGUUAGGGACGUAUCACAGCUUCAAAUGAAGCACCUAUUGAUGGAAAAGGCUCGGAAGGAGAUUCUUAAAAAUCUUGGUGAAUUGAAAGCUUCUUUUGCAUCAAAGAUUCUAAACAAGUCAAAGAAUACUGACACAGAAAUCAGUGAGAGGGGGAAAAGUUGUGAAAUUAAUGGUUUAAAGCCUGGUGCACUAAAAUUUGUUGAUUCUAAGGCUGCCGGCAAGAAGUGUUUUUCUGUUCAUCCAGAUCCUGAGCUUCCUGGUUCUCUCUCUAUGAAUGUUCCAGACCCAGAUUUCCAUGAUUUUGAUGGAGACCGUAUUGAAAAUGCUUUUGGUGAGAACCAGGUGUGGGCUGCGUAUGACAAUGAUGAUGGCAUGCCCCGGUUCUAUUGUUUAAUCCAUGAUGUAAUCUCAAAGAAUCCUUUCAAUAUGAGGAUAAGCUGGUUGAAUACGAAAAGCAAUGAUGAAUUGGCCCCAAUAAAGUGGAUCAGUUCUGGCUUUCUUAAGACCAGUGGAGAUUUCAGAAUAGGAAAGCGUGUGUCCUAUAGCACUCUUAACUCCUUUUCGCACAGGGUGAAAUGGACAAAGGGUUCGAGAGGGGUUGUCCAUAUAUAUCCGAAGAAAGGUGAUGUAUGGGCACUGUAUCGGAACUGGUCCCUUGACUGGAAUGAAUUCACUAAAGAUGAAAUCAUACAGAAAUAUGACAUGGUGGAGGUGCUUGAAGAUUACAGUGAAGAGCAAGGGGUGAGUGUUGCCCCACUUGUCAAGCUUGCAGGUUUCAAGACGGUAUUCCGCCAGAAUGUUGAUCCAAUAAAAGUCAGGAAUAUUUCAAAGGCGCAGAUGUUUCGUUUCUCACACCAAGUACCUUCAUACUUGCUUACUGGUGAAGAGGGUCCCAAUGCUCCUAAAGGUUGCUUGGAGCUUGAUCCUGCUGCUACACCGAUGGAGCUUCUUCAGGUGUUAGCUGAAGAUCUGGAGCAAGAAAUAAUAAUGACAACUGAAAAAUCUGCCGAAGAUGAAUUGAAGCACGGAGAGAAUUCCAGGGAGGAGGGUUCGCUUAAGGGGUGCCAGACAACCAAGGAAGAAGGUUCUGAUGCAGGAUUAGGAGAGAAGAGAAGCAAGCCUGAGAUUUUGUUUGUAUAUAAGCGGAGACGUCUGGGGGAAAAGAGAGCUGUGAAAUGUUAAUUAAAGUAAUGUUAAUGAUGGGAAGAGAUUUUGUGUUCCAUUAGCCAGAGAUAGCAAAUUAAUUAGUCAACAAAACUAUAGCUUACAGUCACCAACUCAACAUACAUUAGAACAGUUUUUGUUGUUUUUGCUGUAUAUUGGCGGGGCUGCAGUUUUGCUUUGAGUUUUGCCAUUGCCCCCUCAGGACUUAUUUCAGUUGUAUCUAUGAAAAUAUAUGAAAUGCCAAUGUACGGUAGUUAU